ACAACAGCUAGUCAGCAACAUUGGUAGCUUGCUAACCAACAACCGAAACGCUAAAGGUCUUUAGACUGUUUUGGUGUAUAUUAUUCACUGUGUUUUAAACACACUGCUGUAGUGUCUUUGUGUUACCACAUUUAAUUUCAUGUUACUUUGUUUCAAGCAGACCCACAGGCUGGUUAAGUUAGCAGUAGCACUCAUUUAGGCUAGUCGCUAAUGUUAGCUAGCUAGCAUCUCCGACCAUGAGCUCACCCAGCUACUCUCUCCCUGCUAAGAAAGAGGUCUGCUGGACGAAGAAAGAGGGUAUGUGGCUAAAUAUUGUCGUGAAAGAAGAAAGUGAAGAGGAGAACGUCACAGUAAAAAACGAAAUAGAAGGUGAGGAUGUUACAUUGAAAGAAGAAGAGCAAGACGUUUCAGUGAAAGAAGAGGACGCAUUCAGAGGGAGAGAGGAUGGUACCGUUUUUGGAGUGAAGGAGGAAGGGGAAAUUACUGUCACAUUGAAUGAGGAAGAUGAGACAGGAGAUCUGAUUAACACCAGAGUGAAACCAGACUCUCACUCUGACUACGGGAUGCGUCCUUCAGUGGAACCAGGCCCAAAGACGUCCAAACCAGCAAGACCACACCAUUGCUCCCAGUGUGGAAAGAGUUUUACUAAGUUACGAAACCUAAAAGAGCAUGAGAGGACACACACAGCAGAAAAGCCUUUCCAAUGUUUGCAAUGUACAAAGAGUUUCUGCUGGUUAGGGAAGCUAAAAGUACACGAGAGAAUACACACAGGAGAAAAGCCUUACCACUGCGCUCAGUGUGGAACAAGUUUUACCCAAUUAGGGACCCUAAAAACACAUGAGAAAAUACACUCUGGAGUGAAGCCUUACAACUGCUCUCAGUGUGGAACUAGUUUUACCCGGUCAAGAGACCUGAAAGAGCAUGAAAGAAUACACACAGGAGAGAAGCCUUACCACUGCUCACAAUGUGGAAAAACUUUUACCUGGUUAGGUAGCUUGAAAACGCAUGAGAGGACACACACAGGUGAGAAGCCUUACCACUGUUCCCACUGUGGAAAGAGCUUUCCCCUAUUAGGGAAUCUGAACAACCACGAGAGAACGCACACAGGAGAGAAGCCUUACCACUGUUCCCAUUGUGGAAAGGGUUUUGGACAAUUGGGGCAUCUAAAAGUGCAUGAAAGAACACACACAGGAGAGAUGCCUUACCAGUGCUCCCAUUGUGAAAAGGGUUUUGGACAAUUGGGGCAUCUAAAAGUGCAUGAAAGAACACACACAGGGGAGAAGCCUUACCAAUGCUCCCAUUGUGGAAAGGGUUUUACCCAAGUAGGGAGCCUGAAAACACAUGAAAGAACACACACCGGAGAGAAGCCUUACCAAUGCUCGCAUUGUGGAAAGGGUUUUACCCAGUUAGGGAGCCUGAAAUCACAUCAGAGGAUACAUACACGGGAGAAGAAGACCCCAGGAAGGGCAGCAGCUAAUUUGAAUCCAUAAUAAAAAAUAAAAAAAUAUAAUACUCCCAGUGUGGAAAUAGUUUUGGACAAUUAGAGCCCCUGAAAUCACAUGAGCUACUAGAGGCUGUGUUCUGAGUUAUGUUUUUGGCAGAAAAAGUGUUUUUGUUCAUGCCACAUGAAACUUAAUUGUCUGAAAGAGGUUUUUUUUCCAUCACAAAUUUGAUUAAAAUGUUAAAAUGUGUAUUUUAUUUUUAUUAUAAACUUUGAUUGAUUGGAUACAAGUAUAAACCUUUAGAUAUCGCUUGAUAUAUGAUUGUGGUAUGUAAAAAUGUAAACUAUUCAAUAUAUUAAUAAAAUGUACAUUUCUUGACUAACCUUAACCUCUUGAAUUUAGUUUUAUUUAUUUUAGUUAAUUUGUGUACUCAUAAGAGCUUUGUUGUGUAUAGAAAAGUAAAUAUAUUGGAAAUGUAUAUAAAAUAGUUUGGUUGAUUUAUGAUUGCGGAGAAAGAUCUGGAAUUAUGUAGAAAUGCUUAUUAAUGUAUGGAAACCAAGCCAGGAGUUUUUGUAUGGAGAUCAAUCAGUUUUGAAUCUGGUUAACAAAAAUAUUAAUGGAUUAUUUUUUCCCAUAUGCAUUUGAUAAAAUAUAAGUUUUGUAAUGCUAAAGUUGUUAGGAGUGUGCUAAUGUGUAAGUAGGACACGUGACAUCACGGCAACUUUAUAUCGGAGUUUUGCCUGUUGUUCACACACAUAUCUGCCCUCUCAUUGGCUACAAUUGUCCCACCUGGUUUUGCCUCCUCCCACUGCCAUCCAUUUUUGAAGACAUUUAUUUUAGUUGUUAAAGAGGCCACUUGACUAUCUGGACAAUAUAAUGGAUAAUCUGCGGUUGAGCUAAUUAGGACAGCUGACUGGGGCUUGAUAUAUAUAUAUAUAUGUAUAUGUAUAUGUAUAUGUAUAUGUACUGUGUUUUAUACCAUCUAUUGUAUCUUGCCUAUGCCACUCUGUCAUUGAUCAUCCAUAUAUUUAUAUGUAUGCGUACUUAUUAUAUUAGUUUUGUGGGUAUUAGGUAGUUGUGUGGAAUUGUUAGAUUACAUAUUAUAUAUUGCUGCACUGUCUGAACUAGAAGCACUAGCAUUUCGCUACACUGGCAACAACUUCUGCUAACCAUGUAUAUGUGACCAAUAAAAUUUGAUUUGAUAUAAACGGGAAAACACCAUGUAGAGCUUCAGUUUUCGAAAGUUUAAUUUGGAUUUAAUUUACCUGCUAUUUUAUCAUUUUUGUACCUUUUGGGAUUUUUGCAAUUCAUAUCACUUGGAACCUGUUAUACACUGAUUUAUAUAUGUACACUAUAUUACUGACACGGCAUGCUGUUUUGAACCUACCGCGUUUCCAUCUUGGCACCCCCCCACUAUUGUAAAAAAUAUAUAUUUUGGAAGCUAUAGAAAGGCAUUUAUUAAUGUCUACAUUUAUUUUUGCCAAGUUUAUUCUAUUACAGACAUCUGAAUGCAGACGUUUAAAUGUCAUUGUGAGCUAAGCAAAAAACAUGUAACAAAUAUAAAAUCAAUUUUAUUUCAAGUAUAUUUUUUUAGAAAGUACGACAAAGAAUAGUUAAAUACAUGUAAUUUGUCCUUCCAACGAAAUACUGAAGAAUUCCGUUCUCCAACUGGUUUGACAUUGGGAAUGUUCUAAAAUAGUUUAUCAUUCCGAGUCAUGUUCUCAAAAUGUUCAAAGAACGUUAAGAAAAAACUUUCUGUACUUCAGCAUAAU